UUAAAUUUUUGAUAGCAUAAUCGGUAGAACGCCACGAAUUUUGGCACUUUUUAAAAAUCAAAGUUCAUAACGCCAGUCCAUGUAGUCUGUAACAAAUUGUGAUGAGAUUAACAUUCAGAAACCGACAGAAAUUGACUGCAAACGUUCAACAAAGCUUUCAUUAAAUAGAAAACGGAUCCAUUUUAUUGAAUUUUUCGCCACUCAACUGCGCUAUGGCAUACAAUCGACUAGUGUUCAAGAGAGAGGUGGAUGCUGCCGAAACAGCAGACUCCUUCAUUACUCCCACAUACGAAACACAUUUUUUUAGUCGCAGACAUCGCACUAGCACAGCUGCAUAUGCAGAUGGACUAGAAAAUGUGUCCCCAUACCUACGUAUCUUUGAUAGUUCCACUAGACCAGGAUGAGAAGGUUAAUAAGCGCAUCGCUGAGUCAGCUGAGAUGGAAAAACUGGCAAAAUGGGGUGUGGUAUCGAUCUAUAUAUGCAUUACACUACUUUCACUGGGACUACUGUUUUUAUCUGUUCGACUGCUAUUGAAGAAAAGACGAGGAAAGGAUGGCAAAAAUGGGACAAGAGUAACGGAUCUCAAAGCCGUACAAUAUAAAGUGAAGGUGCAACCUGACAUGGAAGAAUUGACUCAAAAGAACGAAGAGUUGGACGAAGAUGGAAUUAAUUUGGGCAAAUUGAAAUACAAGUUGGAUUAUGACUUCAGUGCCAAUAGCCUUCACGUAACUGUUAUACAAGUGGAAGAUUUACCUGCUUUGGAUGUGGGAAGUUUAUCGAAUCCGUUUGUUAAACUCUACUUAUUGCCAGAUAAAAAGAAAACGUUCGAAACCCAAAUUUAUCGAAAGACGCUCAAUGCACUAUUCAACGAAACAUUCGUUUUCAAGAAUCUUCCGUACGCUAAAGCUAUGAACACAACACUCGUUCUUGCAGUUUUUGACUUUAGUAAGUUCACGAAACGAGAAAUUGGUGAAGUGCAAGUGCCAUUGUGUCAGAGCGACUUGACACAGACAACCGUUGUAUCGAACAUACGGAAAAUCCGCAGUACAAGCAUUCCCAAGAACUAAAGCCGCUCGCUGCAUAUCAAUCAGAUAUUAUCCAUGAAAAAUUGAACCUAGAGAUGAGAAAUACAAACAAAUUUGAUAAUUGUAACAAUGAAAACAGUACACAUAUUCAAUACAUUUGCCACUUGAAAGCCAAAACAGAGUCUAGGCAAACACACUUUUUAUAUUUUGAAUUGAUGAUAUAUUGUUUAUACCACAUAUCACCAAAUCAGUUGAAAAUUGUUAUCUUAUUUUAAUAUAACACAAACAAUGACUCUUCACUCAAGUGUAGUUGUAGAGAUACAGUUUUGAAACGAGUAAAUAAUCCAAAUAGCUACCAAAGUAAUUUAAAUGUUUAUGUUUCAGAAAAAGCUCGAAUACAAUAAAAAUGUCCAAUGUUCAAGUGGUGACAUUUAGAUAUUUUCUUCAAUAAUAAUGACUCAACUAGUGAAUCAUUUGCCAAAGGAUGGGAUUAACGCUAAUUUGUUCGUUUUGGAAUAUUUUUAGCAUGGAUUUGCCUCAAGUAUACUUUGCCGGCACAAAUAUCUACUUUUUACUAUCGUACUUUUCUGUAUGAUAAGGAAUUGAUAAUGAGACGUUUAUCCGUAAUACCGAGACAGAAAAUAAUUGAAAGUAAUUUUGUUUGAAAUACAUAUAGGCCAUUGUAAUCUACCGAAUGGUAAUAA